UUCUACGACGUGUUUCCGUUUACACAUGAGUGGAUUUCUUGCUUUAUGCUUCCUUAUGCAGACACCUUUUAUGCUUGCAGUUCAGCGCCAAUCAAUAGAUAAGAUGGCAGCCAAUUUCACCCCUUUGGAUUACUCCUCGUGUCAAAACAGACCCAUGACUAAUAGCCAAUAUGAGACAGCUUCUUCAGACCUUGCCACUGGGAUGAGGAAGCACAACAAACACGUUGAGUCUCUACGAGAUGAUACACUGUUCCAUGAUGAGUACACAGUUCGUAUAAUCGGCCAGUUGCUCAUUCUUCUCAUUGCAGUCCCUCUGAACAGUAUCGCCAUCUACUCUUUCUGGGGCAUACACGCAGGCCCUCGAAGCAGUCGUCCCUUCCCUCCCUCCUCUGGCCCUAGUGUGGUGCGGAUGGUCAGACACACCCCCUCUCGGAUGGACUGUCUGGUUGGACAUCUGUGUGCGAUCAGUCUGGCAUACACUCUAUUCACAGUCCCACUGGACAUCACCUGGCACAUAACAGGCUGUUUAGUAGAAUCAGUAUUCCGCGAGCACAAGUUGAGGUAUGGGGAGUCGACGUCGAGGCAAACCGAGGAGCAAACCGAACCGGAGGUGAGUCACACUGAAACCUCUGGCGUUUUCCGAUUGGAGCAGAAUCUUGAGCCACCUGACGACCAUUGUUGGAUCCAACUGGACUUUCACUGGAAGAAUCAACUGUGA